AUGACAAACCAAUCUACUUAUCAAUUUCAAAAUAUCAAUUUUGAUGAACAGAUGUUUGGUCAAUCUGGAGAGUUUGACAUUUCAAGGGUUUUCUCUACUAUGGAUUCUCCUAAUCCUGUAUCUGUAACGGAUUCUACUGCUUCUUCCGGUACUAUUGUUGCCACAGAUGGGCCUAUCGACCAAGCCCAAUUUAAUGACCCGUUUACUUUGUUGGGAACUCAAAACAAUUUUGAACAGCUCAUGGCUCCGGCUCAACCUGAGUCUGAAAAGACCACUCCAGGCGAAUCUCCUGAUCCCAUCUACAUCUCGCCUAUAAUGUCAGUGUCUUCUUCUCCCCAGCAAGUUGGACCAACAGAUCCCUUAAAAGAAAUCUAUACUGAAAUCCAUCAGAAUAUUUCACAUAAUCAGGAGCCAACUGAAGAACCUCAACAGAUUCAACAACCUAUUGCUGUUAUUGAUAAUAUCCCUUUUAAUGAUAUUAAUUUUUUCCAACCUUUUGGCUCUACUUCUGCUGACUUUUCUGAUAACUUACAAACAGAACUUCCUGAUGAUUUUCUCCAAAAUUUCUAUUUACCCAAUAAUUCAGAAAUGCUGAAUUUCCCUAUUCUAGAAGAAUUCACAAUUCCUUUGGUCAAUAACCAGACCCUGGAUUCUACUACUAUUGUAGAACCCAUAGAUCAGUCUACAGCGGUUUCCUACAUCUCUGAAACUACUCCCGUAGCUCAGCCCAUGGUUCCUAUUACUUUCCCAGAACCACAACCCGUUGCUGAACUUAUUGUUGAGUCACCUACUCAACUCAUUACUCAGGAAAUAUUUGAAAAUACAAUGUCAGAACAGGAAACCUCUCUUACUGAAAACAAUGUCAUCCCUGUGUCCACCACCCCCACUAGUGUUGUAGCUCAAAUGUUUCCACAAAAACAAGUUGAUUUUAGCUUUUCCUCUUUUACUCAAAAUUUCAUUCCUAUUUGCACCCUGGGAAACCUCCACUUACAAUUUUAA